GUCACUACCGUUCUCCUGUGUUUACGCUAGCUCAACCCGUUUCUUCUGAUGUUGUCGCUCUGGGGAGUCACCACCGCGAUCCUCAUCGCGAUUGCGCUGCUCUUCACCGGAAGUUCCUCCGCUGGGCGAGAUCUCCGGCCGUCGGAGCACGGCCUCUUCUUCCAGGCCUCACCGCCGGCCAAUUCCUCGCCGGAGAUGAAGUCCUUCUUCAGUACCACCAAGGGCUCUUCUGCUUCUGACGUUCCACUCGGUAACGCGACGGAGGCCCUUCCGCCGCCGUGGUGGGGAGUUAGCGGCGGCGGAAGAAGCCACGUGGGACAGGCGCUGAUGACGGCGAGUCUGGUGUGCGGAAUAACAGGUGGCGUCCUGUUAGUGGCUUCGGCGCUGCUUUAUUUUUUCAAGCACAGAAGAAAGCCACACCAAAACGAAUCGUUUCGUGCUUCUAACAACAAUAAUAAUAAUAGUAAUAGUCACAAUAAUGGUGACAACAAGCUUCAAUUAGUGGCGGUUGCGCAUGAAGGAUGAGUUGAAAUCACUGUGUAAAUGGAUUUUGCUGUAUUUGUAUUAUAUAUUUAAUUUAUUUAUUUAUUUGUGGUAGAGACUACUCUGUUGUAAAAGUUGUUUUGACAAUAAAUAUAUUUUAUUUUUUCAGUUA